GGUCACUGUUACUACCACGGACACGUGCAAGGAUACUCUGGCUCCACAGCCAGUCUCAGCACUUGCUCUGGCCUCAGGGGACUUAUUACAUUUGAAAAUAACACCUAUAUCUUGGAACCAAUGAAAAAUGAAAUGAACACAUACAAGCUCUUCCCGGUGGAGAACCUGAAGGGCACCUGGGGAUCCUGUGGAUCACAGCACAGCACGUCUGCGCUCGCUGCAGAGAACAGGCUCCGGCCACCCUCCCAGACGUGGGCAAGAAGGCAUAAAAGAGAGACCCUCAAGAUGACCAAGUACGUAGAGCUGGUUAUCGUAGCAGACAACCGGGAGUUUCAGAGGCAAGGAAAAGAUCUGGAAAAAGUUAAGCAGCGAUUAAUAGAGAUCGCUAAUCACGUUGACAAGUUUUACAGACCACUGAACAUUCGGAUAGUGCUGGUGGGCGUGGAGGUGUGGAAUGACAUCGACAAAUGCUCUAUAAGUCAGGACCCGUUCACAAGCCUCCAUGAAUUUCUGGACUGGAGAAAGAUGAAGCUUCUACCUCGCAAAUCGCAUGACAAUGCCCAGCUUAUCAGUGGGGUUUAUUUCCAAGGGACCACCAUUGGCAUGGCACCAAUCAUGAGCAUGUGCACCGCAGAGCAGUCGGGAGGGAUCGUCAUGGACCAUUCCGACAGCCCCCUGGGCGCCGCCGUGACCCUGGCCCAUGAGCUGGGCCACAACUUCGGAAUGAACCACGACACACUGGAGCGAGGCUGUGGCUGCAGUGUGGCCGCUGACAAAGGAGGCUGCAUCAUGAACCCCUCCACCGGGUUCCCAUUCCCCAUGGUGUUCAGCAGCUGUAGCAAGAAGGACCUGGAAGUCAGCCUGGAGAAGGGCGUGGGGAUGUGCCUCUUUAACCUGCCGGAAGUGAAGCAGUCUUUCGGGGGCCAGAAGUGCGGGAACGGCUACGUGGAACAAGGAGAGGAGUGUGACUGUGGGGAGCCCGAGGAAUGUCUGAAUCUCUGCUGCAACGCCACCACGUGCACGCUGAGGCCCGACGCUGUGUGCGCCCACGGGCUGUGCUGUGAAGACUGCCAGCUGAAACCUGCGGGGACAGCAUGCAGGGACUCCAGCAACUCCUGUGACCUCCCAGAGUUCUGCACGGGAGCCAGCCCACACUGCCCCGCCAACGUGUACCUGCAUGACGGGCACCCUUGUCAGGGGGUGGACGGCUACUGCUACAAUGGCAUCUGUCAGACCCACGAGCAGCAGUGCGUCACACUCUGGGGACCAGGUGCUAAACCUGCCCCCGGGAUCUGCUUCGAGAGAGUCAACUCUGCAGGUGACCCUUAUGGCAACUGUGGCAAAGACUCUAAGAGUUCCUUUGCCAAAUGCGAGAUGAGAGAUGCUAAAUGCGGAAAAAUCCAGUGUCAAGGAGGGGCCAGCAGGCCCGUCAUUGGUACCAAUGCCGUUUCCAUAGAAACGAAUAUCCCACUGCAGGAAGGAGGUCGAAUUCUGUGCCGCGGGACCCACGUGUACUUGGGCGAUGACCUGCCAGACCCCGGGCUUGUGCUUGCUGGCACCAAGUGUGCAGAUGGAAAAAUCUGCCUCAAUCGUCGGUGUCAAAACAUAAGCGUCUUCGGUGUUCAUGAAUGUGUGAUGCAGUGCCACCAGAGAGGGGUGUGUAACAACCGGAAGAACUGCCACUGUGAGGCCCACUGGGCGCCUCCCUUCUGUGACAAGUUUGGCUUCGGGGGAAGCACAGACAGCGGCCCUGUCCGGCGAGCAGAUCACCAAGGUCUAACCAUAGGAAUUCUGGUGACCAUCCUGUGUCUUCUUGCUGCUGGAUUUGCAGUUUAUCUCAAAAGGAAGACAUUAAUACACCUGCUGUUUACAGAUAAAAAAACCACCAUUGAAAAGCUAAGGUGUGUGCGCCCUUCGAGGCCAUCCCGCGGCUCCCACCCUGGUCAGGCUCACCUCAGCCACCUCAGCAAAGGCCUGAUGAGGAAGCCGUCACAUUCCAAUAUGUUGAAGGACAAUACCAGGAGGUGGUCCCCGUGUCAGAACGUUGACAUCAGUGGGCCCCUCCAAGCCCAUGAUGCCCCUGUGGCUGGUUCACCUCAGCGAGUGCUCCCGCCCCUCCAGAAGGCUCCUCGCGCACCCCUCGUCCCCGCCAGACCCCUGCCGGCCAACCCUGCGCUCCGGCAGGCCCAGGGAACUCGUAAGCCAAACCCUCCUCAGAAGCCUCUGCCUGCAGAUCCUUUGAACAAGACCAGCCGGCUCGCCAGAGCCUCAGCCAGGACCUUGGGACAGCAGGAGGCUGAGCGGCUCCACCUGGUGCCCCUCAGACCCGCUCCUAAACACCCCCAUCAAGCGCCCAGACCCCCCCACGCCGCCUACACCAAGUGAGAAGCAAGUCGACACCUUUUUUUCGACAGUGAAGACAGAAGUUUGCACUAUCGUUCAACUCCAGUUGGAGUUCGUUUUUUGUACCAACUUUUAGGAUUUUUUUUUUAAUGUUUAAAACACCAUUAUUCUCCGAACUUUGAGCUACUGCCGCUGGUGCUGUGCUAUGGUGCUCUGUAUACUUGCUCAGGUACUUGUAAAUUAUUAAUUUAUGCGAAAUGCUGGCUACAGCGCAGUGCGCUGUGGGAGGCAUUUUUACCAUCACUGAGUUUUCCGUGGAAGGAAGGCUUGUGUGCUUUCAGUAGUUAGUGAACUUGAAAUAUCUUGCUUUAUGGGAUUCUGGACAGGAGGUUGACUUUUUGAUCGAGGCUUUAUUGGCAGAACGGUUCCCCAACUAUCCACGGCUGUGGUUAUGGCGCAGACCCAGCUCAGGAGACCCCAGGUAGAACCUUGAGUGAUUCUCUGGAACCCCUGAUCUCAGCCCAGAGCCAGGGGCUUCAAGUCCAGGCUGGGCUGGGCUGGGCUUUCUGUGAGCCCGGGCCUCAGCCCACCAGCAGCCACGCCUUAAAGCUCCAGGAUAGGAAGGCAGGCUCUGGCUUCUGACCAGGACGGUCUGGAGAGAACCUGAGUAGCAGAAAGGAAUUUUAAGGUGUGGCCACACCAGGGCAGAAACUUGACCUUGAGCUCGCAGGCUGUGAGCACAUUUGAAGAGCAGGCCAAGACCGUUGCUUUACAGAAACACUGCCCUUCCCACCAUGCUGGCUUCGGCACCUUAUUUAGAUGGGGAAGGGGGGCGUUUGUACAAGCAGGCUACUGCCCAGGCACUGCAAACCUCCGGCCCGCUGUACUGUUUGGAGCUGAGCAAAUUACAGUACAAGGAUUCUGCGUUCAGACAGACAGAGGCGGCUUUCCAUGAGACCAUAACUAUUUUCAGAUGUGAACCAGUAACCAGAUCUAGUGAAUCAAUGCUGUAGAUAAAAAUUAGGCAGACUCCCUAUGCCCACAGAAACUACAACCAAAUGGAACCCCGUGUGGCAGGCGGAGUCUGCCAUCCAAGUUACUAGUCAGUUAUUUAGGGGGCGUUCUAUGUUCCCAGCUUGGCUGUGGGAAUCUCUGAGAGAUACUUUUAGCAUAAGGUCUGAAUCCUUUUUUUAAACCCUCACAACCUACCUGUUGAGCGUCGCAGAAUGUGAUAAGGAGAUCAAUUUCCUAAUCCUAAACAUUCAUGAAAUGCGGUCCUGGGUAGCAGCCCCUUCAACCUUUUACUCUUCCAAUGUCUGACUGGGGAGCCGUUUUCACAUUAGAAGGCAGUUGACAACAGUUCCGUAAUUCACUGAGUGUUUUAUGAUAAAGACUUCAGCUGGGGUCAUUUCCACGGUUUUCCAAUGCCUUGAAGCGGACACAAAAUAUACCAAGAAUCGGUUUGCCUUCCGGAAAACAAGACUGCAUUGAACUCUCCCGGUGUCCUCCACUGUAUCUAGGCAACAUAGUAUUCAUGAUCGCAGAUAAACUAAAUAAAUCCAUGUCACAAACACACAAAAGGGAGCCCAGUUCUACUACAUUCCAUCAUACAAUUAUUAACUUCUUGAAAAGGCAAAGCCAUGUUAGAAAGUAUUACUGUUGUUGAAUACCUACAGAAUUACUGUAACUGAGAGUACAUUUGGGAACUGUAUCAAGGCCAAAACACAUGCUGUUGAAACGUUUACAGAAUUUUUAUGGUGCAUUUAUGUGGGUAUUAUCUUUACAGAUGCCCAGAUCUUUAGAUCUGUCAUUUUAGCCCCUCCUCCUAUUGUGAGGAAGAGGAUGUGAAGUUUGUCUUUUGUCUUUUUUUUUUUUUUUUUAAAUCCUUAGCUAGAAUUCCUGUGCUUCCAUUUCAGAGAACCAGGAAUAUUUUGGUAUUAAAAAAGGGUAACGCUGUGAUCUUACACCAUGUCAUCAAUGGCCAUUUAGGGGCUGCAGUGGAUGACACAUUCCUAUCUCUACAGUACAGAUUGCAUUUACAGAGCCUUGCAAGUUAUUUCUGGAUAAGAACAUGUUUAAGCCUAACAUCCCCUGACCAAUAUGCAGAUAUUAAAGGAACAAUACUUCCAAGAUGCAGAACCUAUCAAAUGAAGCAUUUUAGCAAUAAGCUCCAUUUUAAUAUAACUUAGGAAAAGAGCCAGGGUUUUUUUUUGGGGGGGGGAGGUGUACCUCUCCCUUUUUAUAUCGUUAUAGAUGUGAAAACAAAAAAAUCAAUACUUAUAUUUCCAUGGCAGUCUAUUUUUAAUAUUUUUAAAGGUUCUAUAGGCGUGCAUAAGGGUUGGUUUGAGUUAAUAAGGCCAUCACUGAGAAAUUUAACAUGUCUAGACCCAAAAUAGGCCCUGAGGGUAGUCACUUUUUUCUUCCCCCUGUCUUGUUAUAGUUGUAGGUUACAUGACCCCACUUACUGGGAAGUAUAGGGCUAAUUUUCCAGGCAUGCUCUUUAAAAGUUUAUCUCCUGAAUUUUUUGGUAACAGUUUGUUUUCCUGACACAUGGAAUCAGAUGUGUAGCAACCAAGAGAAACAAUGCAUAACAUUUUCCAUUGUCCAAAUAUGCAUACAGAGGUUACACUUCCCAGUGUGAAUUUUUCCAGCUUACACAUGUGGGAUGACAUCACAGAAACCACAAAAGCAACAAAUUAAACUACAUGAGCAUAAAUACUCCUGACUGGUCUCAGAGGAGACAUUUUUUAUGCCUUCUUAACUUUAUUACGAAUUCUCAGGCUGAAACCAUAGGCCAUUGUUCUCCCGCAAAUCAAUACAACACAAUCGCUGUAUCCCCUCAAAGAGAAACAGCAAAAACUCUGAUCCAUGUGAAGCUGCUCUUAGGAGCCUGUGAUCUCCCCUGGUGCUGCAGAGAGCCUGGUGCUGGGCCAGCUAGAACGCCCGAGCACCUUCCUGCCAUCUCUCAGUUGAUGUUUACUAAGCAUUCUGAGCCAAUACGACCCUGACAACUAAAAGGGCAAGAUGCCUGGGCAGCUGAGCUGGAUCUUUCUCACGAAACCUGACCCCUUGGCAGUCUUUCCUCAUGAGGCUGAUUUCAUUGAGAACUUCUGCAACGGAGGGCUCCCUUCGGUGUUCUGGAAGCAGCAAGCCCAGGGCAGACUCGCUCUGGAGCUCCUUCCUCCCUGCCAUCAGUAGGACCCCAGCUAACCACAAGUGACCCAGAUAAACAGGAUACCAACCCUCCCCAGAAGUCUCACGGUGCCGUGCUGACCCCCAGAUGGGACUUCACACGCUAUGGCUGACUGGUGGGAGACACUGCAGCUGCCAUCUUUUGUCCUCCCCACCACCCCAGAGGCCUGCCCCAGGCUGCUACAGUCACUUCCCCCAUGACUCAGGAACAUACACACGUCGGACACAAGCAGCUGAGGCUAGUACGUCUGCCUCUUAGCACCCAGAGGCCGGUCCCUUUUCCACACCAAACCUAGUGCUGAUGCCCCUCCGUGUGACAAAUCUCUGCCUUCAGAGCUCCUGUAGGUCAGCCCGAGUAGGGGCUGGGGCAGGGUGUGGCUACCCCACCAGCCCAGCCACUGGACGCACAAAGCCCACCCUUCUCCAGAGUGGCAGCUCAGAACAAGCCCACCAGCGACGCCCCAGCUUUGAAUCCAGCAGAGCGCUUCCCACAGGCACAUCACCCCUACCCCCAGAAAAUCAGUUAAUCUCCGAUGGCACAAUUCUCUUGACUCACUCUACAGUUUCUGUUGACAUCUCUUCCUCGAAAACCUAUUUGGAAACUCGGAUAGUGAUACAAGUUACACACCAGGAAAGAUCAGUGAGCCCCAGGCUAAGAACCAUUUCUGUGCAGUGAGGAUGCUUCCAGAAGCCAUUUACCUACACACGGAUGGAAAUCCCCUCCUUACACUUGGGACAGCACUAGCAGCUGACAGUCCAGCCCUAAGAGCCUGUUGCAUAGGAGAAAAACUAGGAGACAAAAUACUGCAUAUAAAAUUGUUAUAACAUUCAAUAAUGGGUAGUGAUAGCCUGGAGAUUUACCACACAGUGAAAGGAAUUCUCAGUGAGCUUCAGCUCUUCCAGGUCAAAUAGUCGAAUAGUCUGGAACCCAUCCUGAUUUUCCACAUCAUCAGCAAAAAACCUGUCUUACGCUCCCCGUGAGUUUCCUUCCAGAAAAUAAUUUAUUCAGUCCUCAAUUUAAGCGCAGUUUAAAUCCAGACAAAAUAAUAAAUAGCUUGUGAUUUUUUCAGUUUCACAAAGAAGCAGAAUGACAUCCAAGUUCAUGGCCUAUAAGCAAGCAUGUAAGUAGGGCAAUGAUAGAAAAAAAAAGUAUCAAAUUGGAAAGACAGAAAAUCCUCUAAGAGUCCAAGGCAAGACGAGGAAUGGCAGACCUUCUAUCAGGUUGAAUUGGGAGGUUGUGGGGAAGACCCAUGGUUUGAGCGUGUCUGGCAACUGUUAAGUAAAACUCUUGAACACUAAGCUGCAGGCCACUCAGCACAGCACACUUACAGCUACGAAAUAGACCAGUUCCUUAAGUUCAUCGUGCUUCGUCCGUUUAUAAUGCUUCAGUCGGCUAAGUUGUUUUUUUUUCCACAUACCUUUCACGUUACAGUCUGUUGCUUUUGUACACAUUUCUCAUAUUGGGGUUCUACAGGUAACAACCUGCUAUUUCCGUAGAGAAAGCCAUUGUUAAGAAAAGAAUAUUAUAUCCAAUAAAUGGUAUCCAGGUAAAUAUAAA